AUGAAGUUCCUUUCUACAACAAUUCUUUCUGUCGCCUUGAUCGCAUGCUCAGUCAUUGCAGCUCCAGCAGAACGUCGUGCAAGUGUUUCAGGAACAACCAAAUACAGCGGUUACCUUUACAGCGUAAAAUUGGGUCAACUUGGUGAUUACAGCAAUGAAACUCAACGUGGAACCCCACUCACACUUGGUGAAGAUGGCUAUCUCACUCAUUCAACCUUUGAGGAUUUCUUCUUCUUUGAGGAAAGCAAGGCAGACGGCUGGAAUCAAUCUCCUAAAGAAUUCGGUCGUGUGAAAUACGACGACGGUUCCGAUCAAUCUCUUACUGCUGAUACCGAUAAACAAGGCUCUGGACAUGCUCUUCGUCUCCAAUACGAUGCUUCUUCCACCGGUUUCGACUUGGACCGUCAAUGGUUCUAUGCGAAUUAUAUCAACGGUGUACAUGGUCCAUAUGUCACUUUGCAAUUGAACGGCAACCCUAAUGACAACAACCAAGAUUAUCAAUUGCCCUUUGCAGCUUACUACAACAACCACGAUACAGCAACCGCAAAGGACACUGGUCACACGUAUGUCCUCUUCAAUGCCACAAUUCUCAGCUAG